AUGACGGUGUUGCUCACACGCCGCUGCGGCGUUGGGUAUGAACUGCCCUGUACGCAGAGCUUCACAGCAGCGAGCAACAACUUUGAGCUGGCCAUUGCGGUGGCCAUUGCCACGUUUGGGGUGAACAGCGAUCAAGCGCUGGCGGCGACGGUCGGGCCGUUAGUGGAAGUGCCGGUGCUGCUGGGGUUGGUGUAUGUAGUCAAGUGGAUGGGUAGACGACACCCAUGGUAG